AUGCCUCGAGGGCUACUAAUGAACGUAGAGUCUGGUAAGGCAGACGAAGAGGCGGUGUCGUCGGGCUCAGCUUCUGCCCCACAUUAUAAGCGGACAAAAAAUCGUCCGUCGGAUGGCAAGAACAAAGGACGGGGUAAGAGCAGAACCGGGAAACUAGCGUAUCUCCUCGAUGUGCCAAUGGACAUCUUCUUUGAGAUACUGUCUCAACUUGCGCCCCUGGAUCUUCUGCAACUCUCCAGAGUCUCGAAAGCGUUUCGUGCGGAGCUCAUGUCUCGCAGCGCAAAGCAUAUAUGGGCCGCGUCCAGGCAAAAUAACUUCCCUGGCUGCCCUGAUUGUCCUGCCGACCUCAGCGAGCCUCGCUACGCCAAUUUGCUGUUCGAGCACAAUUGCAUGGAAUGCGGGUCUAGCCCGUCAAAGAUGAUCGACUAUGUCUUGCGAGUCAGUGUCAAGAAAGGGGCUACCAUGGCAAAGACAUACGGUAAGGCGAUCGACGAUGUAGUCUACACCCUUCUACCCUGCGCAACCAUCAACGGAUACUACCAAGACCCCGACUCUUCGAUGUCCUGGAGUGGUUCCUAUGCGAACAACGGUAAGCUACACUACCAUAAGGCCGAGUUCGAAGAAGUUGUGCAGAAGUACCUCUCCUUCGGCGCGCGUGACACUGAGAGUCGCGUGAAAUAUAUACAAGACAGGCGGGACUCGACAGAGGCAAUCAUGAAGCAUGGUUUCGAAAUCAAUGAAUGGAAGCAACAAGCAAGAUAUGAACAGGCCGCCGAAGAAUCUUUGAAGCAGCGGCGCCGUCAGCAGAGUAUCAAGGCCAAACUAAUCGAGCUGGGACAUGGCCCACGUACAUGGCCUACGUCCUACCGAUAUCCUUGUUACGGAACCUGGACAAAGGUAUUGGAUCAGCCUCGCGAACUGACGCCCAGAAUCUGGAGCGCGGUACUGCCAAAACUCCUCUCGUGCAUUGAAGAGGUGAAGGAAGUACACGCGGAGGAGGAGCGCCGGCGGCUCCGCUGCAUCAGAAAGAAGGAGUUCUUUGCAAUCUACAUGGCAUUCUUACAUGACCUGGACGACGCCAAGGCAGCUCGGAUGCCCGAUUUCGGCAGAGCAGUCGAGUUGGAGCCAGUGGUGUCCUUCAUUGACGAACAAGGAUGCACCAUUCCCGUCACGGAGGAGCGCUGGUCUUCGAUCCAGGACGAGUUCAUGACGUCCGCCAAGAAAGCUGAGCCCGAGAUCAGGAAACAGUACCUAUCCCAAGUCUUUACGAGCGAGCAGCCUGGCUGGGGCGCGGCUCCGUCCUCUCUUCAGCUUGACGAGGCGUUCCUGUCUAGUCCCCAAGCUCUUUACGCUUGCCCUGUAGUGGGUUGCCACGAGCUCUGCAGAUUCCCAGAGAUCCAGCUGCACCCACAUGUGCAGUACGCCUGGACUGCCCGCGAGGACGGCUUGCUGGUGCCUGCGCUCGCCUAUUGCAAGGAGCAGACUGUCGAUAUCGCAUUGAAAGUGCUCCGCAUCCUGGGGUUGCCGGAGGAUAGCUCCCAGAGUAUGCUCGAGGGGCUGCGCGGACGGCUGGAGUGCCUGUGCAGGAACCCGGGGCUCCUGCAGCCGAUGAGCUUUGGUGCACUUGUCUCGUACUCAUGCCGCGAUAGGUGA